UUUUUUUUUUUCCUAAUUGCACAGAUGAUUCGCUAGCAUUUCCAACUCUAACUUUCCUUCACAUGGGUACUGGCUUCUUGCCUUCGGCUUCCUCUCGCUUUUCCCUUCUACUUGACAGAAUCCCUCAAAAUUCUAGGUUUAGGAUUUCCGCCGCCCUACGCUUCGAUUUUUCGAACACAAGUUUCCUCCUUUCUGAGUUUCGACGGAGCCGCCUCCAUCUUUGCACCAGUCAAGCCGCUCACUUCUCUCGCCUGGACGAUGGAGGAAACGGCGUUCUUCCUGCUAUUUCCACAGCAAUGCCACAUGAAGGUCGGAUUGGAGAAGUUAAGAGAGUCACAAAGGAAACAAAUGUCCAUGUAAAGCUGAACUUGGAUGGCUCUGGAAUUGCUGACUGCAGCACAGGGAUACCAUUCUUGGACCAUAUGCUUGAUCAAUUAGCUUCACAUGGAGUGUUAGAUAUCUUCGUGAGGGCUUCUGGUGACAUCCAUAUUGAUGACCAUCACACGAAUGAAGACAUUGCUCUUGCACUUGGAACGGCCCUUCUUCAGGCACUUGGUGAUAGAAAGGGUAUCAAUCGAUUUGGACAUUUUGCAGCCCCUCUUGAUGAAGCUGCUGUGGAGGUCAUAUUGGAUUUAUCAGGUCGCCCACAUUUGAGUUGUGAUUUGCAAAUCCCGACAGAGCGAGUUGGGACAUAUGAUACACAGCUUGUGGAACAUUUCUUUCAAUCCCUGGUGAACACUUCUGGCAUGACCCUUCAUAUCCAGCAGCGUUCUGGGAAGAACUCACACCAUAUCAUUGAGGCAACAUUCAAGGCCUUUGCAAGAGCUCUUCGACAGGCAAUAGAGCACGACAUCCGUAGAAGUGGUACUGUGCCUAGCUCUAAAGGAAUCCUAUCUCGUUCAUAAAGCCUGGAAUCUAGCAUUAUAGAAGUUGCAGGUAAAAACCUCUUCAACAGAUUAAGCUUAGUUUAAAGCUUGGCUCGAAAAGUUUGCUCAAUACUUAAGAUUUUGUCAAGCAUCUUCGAAGCUUAGUUUAUUGGGCAGCCUGAUCGUCAUCUUCCUCAUCAUCGGCUUUAUCUUCAGCUACUUGGAAUUACUUAAUAUCCAUACAAUCUAAAGUUAUAUAUGAUAAGUUCUUAUCAAUUUAUAUAGUAGAGAGUUGUUUGUUUAAUAGAUUUUACAAAUAGGCACAUCACCUUCUAUGAUGUAUGUCCAGAAAUAAUUAUUAGAAAAAUGAACUAUUUUAAUACAUUAUAAAUAUUUUCUUGAAAA